GCUACAUGAUAUUUUCUUUAGACUCGCAUGUACACAUAAAUUUAAAAACCAUGUGGAAAAAAUACAUUCAGCAUUUGCUCGGAAUAGAUACAAAAGACAAGCAGAGAGCCAUUCGUAUAAGGAGAAGACUUUCAAUAUUUUAUGCUUUUCUAGGAUGGAAUUGUUUCGGCCUUGCAUUCUACGUAAUACUAAAAGAUAAAAUACCAACAGACAGCACAGAACGAAGAAAGUCAUAUAGGCUCUUGACUGGUGUACCUGAUAACAUGCAUGUACUUCAAGUCUCAGGCCUGAAAGUUACCAAGGAAUUUGACAUUAACUAUAAGAAUGAGGAGGAAAAAGAGGCUGCUGAAAUAGAAAAGGCAACUACUAAAGUGGAACAUUAGAGGUAACACUUAAUAAUUAUUUCUUAAAACUCGUAUAAUAAAAACAUUAUCAAAAGAGAU